UUAACGACGUGAUAAACUUGUUACAAAGUACAUAAAUCAGCGUAAAAUAAAACUAAGCCAAAAAAAAAUGAUCUGUAAACUCGUCAUCUCUUUGUUUUUGGUAUUCAAUGAAGUAGCGGAGGGAGGUUUUAUUCCCAGAUCAAUGCAUGAAUUGGAACCAAAAGAAACAUUGUAUAAAAAGCUAGCCGAAAGUUUUUGUGUAGAUAAAAACAUGAUGAACUUUAAUGGUGACUAUCUUCAGUUGUGCGUUAAUGGUUACAUUAUCACACUUAUUGAUAGAAAAAUAAACGUUCCUGGCUGGUGUUCAUCUGGAUGGUAUUCAAAAUGCGAACAAAAUGGCAGCUUUUAUUUUGUCUGCAAAGAUGGACAAAGAAAAGUUUAUGAAAUAACUUCUCAAGGGCUUAUUAGAUUAAAUAACAUAUAUGCGUUCAACCCAGAAUAUCUGUCUUAUGUAAAGUGGUAUUAAUAAAUAUAUUGUAGCGACAUGUGUUUUAUGGUAAAAUAUAUAAUAAAUGGUAAAAUUUAGUUAAACAAUA